AUGGAUCGGUCAGACUUUUAUCCCACUUCGGUCGAAGAAACGGUGGGCCAAAUCAUUGCCCAAGGACCGACCGAGUGCUCCGUCAACGUGGUAGACCUGGACCAAAUAGUGCAAAACUACCAGCGAUGGGUCGAGAGACACGCCGGGUUCGAGGCGUACUACGCACCGAGCGUCAACAAUCAGCCGAUGGUGCUGGCCCUGAUGGCCAAACUGGGCGCCGGGUUCAGCUGUGCCUCGGAGGAGGAAAUGUGUACCGCCCUUUCGCUCGGUGUCCGCCCCGAUCGCAUCCGGCUCGUGCACCCGGUGAAAACCGUCGAGUCGAUAGUGUUCGCCCAGCGAAACAGUAUCCGCCGAAUCGUGUGUGAUAGUGCGGUCGAGAUUAGCAAAGUGUACGGACUGUACCCGGAGGCUCAGAUCGUGCUUCGCGUGAGGAUGUGCCGGGAGCAGAAGUACGGUUGCUGCCCGCGGGACGCGGUGACGGACAUAUUUAACCACGCGAAGCUGAUGGGCGUGCAAAUGGCUGGCAUUUACGUGGCCAUACCACCAGCGAAUCAGUUACAAGUGGACGCACUCCAGCGCGGGCUCCAAGAGGCCAAGGCCGUGUACGAGCAGGCGUACGCGAUGGGCCUGCGGCACAUCGACGAGCUGGCACUGUUCGGCGUGGAAAGCCUGGCCCCGUCGGUGCUGCGGAACGCUACGGCGGCCCUAAACUUUCCGCCGGGCUUCACGUUCAUCAUCGAAACCGAGCGGCAGUUCGUGGGAAACGCGGUCUCGCUUGUUGCCAACGUGCAGUCAAAGCGGGUGGUGCGCGAUACCGAGGCUCCCGAGCUGAUUCGCGAGAUAAUGUACUUCAUCAACGACGGACGAUACGGAUCGUUCGAGUGGUGGCGACCGGUUACCAAGGAGCCCACCGUCUACCGUGGCACGCACGCGGCCACCCUGCCCGCCCAAACCUGGCCCUCGUCCGUGUGGGGACCGACCUGCGACUCCGCCGACAUUGUGUUCGAGCGUAUCCACCUGCCCGAGCUCGACAUCGGUGACUUUAUGGUCUUUUCGGACGUGGGAGCGUACGGUGGCACUUUGGCGUCACAGUUUAACGGGUUUCCGCUGCCAAAGACCGUCGUUUGCGCCCAACAUGCGGCCACCAGGGCGUUCCUGGGGUUACAGCCACAGUGUAGCUGA